CCCAGUCUAAACGAAUGGUUCAUUUGAGAGUUUUAUUAAAGAUUUACUCAAUUUUUAGUGCAAUUUGCCGAGAUUUAAGGUGAAAUGGAUAGAACAGCGCUUUUCAAAGCUACUGUGAAGACUAUUCGAACUAAAAAUAAGGCGCUAGGUGUCAAAGAAACAAGCAGAGACAUUCUGAGUCCCAGCAGAAGACGAACUGAGUUUGGAAGUAAAGCAAAAGAUGUGGUAGGAUGAGAUUUAAUUAUUGUGAAGGAUUUUCAACUGUAUAUUUUCUCCAUCUGUAUUUAGAAAGGUUUCAAAGUAAUCAUUUUAGCCGUUAGAUUGCUGAUAUUCUCAUUUGUCAUUUACAGCUCAUGAACAUUACCAAACUGAGAGAUUUCCUUCUAGAACAUCAGAAAGACUACAUAAGCCCAUUCAGGUAA